AUGGCAUCUUUUAAUCCAUUCUUUUUCAUUGCCACGGCUUUGCUAAUCUCACCGGCCUAUUCCCUCACCUGCACGUCACAGACCUUUACACAAGGAAACCCACGGUUCACAAACUGCACCGAUCUUCCAGUACUCAAGGCAUAUCUCCACUGGACCUAUGACCCAACUGCCAUGCCCAAACCCACUCUCUCCGUCGCCUUCAUUGCCCCUCCGGCCAAGUCAGACGGCUGGAUUGCUUGGGCUCUGAACCCAACUGGCAUGGGCAUGGUGGGGUCUCAAGCACUCGUUGCAUUCAAGGAUUCCAAUGGAUCCAUGGUUGUCAAAACAUAUAAUAUCUCGUCUUACAACUCUAUAGUCGAGUCGAAGAUAUUUUACGACGUGUUGGAGAAGAAGGCGGAAUUUUCCAGCGGGGCGAUGAGAAUAUUCGCCAAACUUGCUUUGCCCAGUGACGCAACGGAGUUGAACCAGGUUUGGCAGGUUGGUUCUGCGGUGAGGAAUGGGAUGCCAGAAAAUCAUGAUUUAGGGUCGGAUAAUUUGAACGCAAAAGGCCGAUUGUCGUUGGGGGGUGAGGCCACCGCAUCCACGCCGUCGCAGGCUCCGGCACUGUCGCCGACUGCCGGGAGUGGGAAUGGACGGCAAAACGGGAAUGCUAAUGGAAGUUCGAGGAUUGAGGUGUAUGGGGCUUUGGUGCUACUUCUGGUGAUUCCAUUAAUCCACUGGUUUUAG